GGCCUUACCCAGUCUAUUUAUUUUUCCUUUUCUCCUACCCAUACACGGACUUAACAUCGAUAUAAUUGUAAUUCAUCUACAUCUGUGGACGACUGGAGGUGUUUCGGAGUUUUUUAGUGUCGAGUAAAACACCGGGGCGCCCCCUCUUUUCGUUUGUCGGUCGUAACGUCCGAACGUCCAGCUGAUUGCUUUGAGUGCCGUUCAAUUAUUCCAGUUCAAACUGAGCCGUUUUGUUCGACUUAACGGAUGUUUUUUUGUGGCCGAAAAGGGCCGAUUUUUCGCCUCUUUUCACCGACUUGUGGACUUUACAAGAAAGAGGACAUUUAUCUUUUUGUCUAAAUUGAGUGUCGGAUCGUUUUUCUUAUUGAGCGACCAGGCCCCGGACUCAUCCCCAGCCUCGCGUUUCCAUAUCGGUUUUUGUUGGAAGUCAUGGGAGACACUAGUGAACGAAGCAAACCUCCGAGUCUACCUCCCCGUUGUCCCUGUGGAUUUUGGGGGUCCAGUAAAACCAUGAACCUCUGCUCCAAAUGUUUUGCUGACAUCCAGAAGAAGCAGCCAGGGGAGGACUGCACCUCCAAGCCCAUCCAAAGCACUGGGAGUAGCCAAUCACCAGUUUUCAGUAGCGAGACGAGCAGUAGCAGUAGCCAAUCCCUAUUGUCGUCACCGCCCUCUAGCUCCGAGCAGCCGUCAACCGAAGAGCCCUCGCCGACGUUUCCCAGCACGAGGGAAGGCAUGUCGUCCACAGAAACAGCCCAAGGCACACUCUGCACACCCACAAAACGUCCACGAGAAUCAGCGUCGGGCUCGGAGAGCGAGGCGACGCCAGAGAAGCGGCCACGGACAGACGAGAAGGAGGGGAGCAGCGAGGAGGCCCGUGGGACGCCCAAGCAGAAGAACCGUCGGCGCUGCUAUCGCUGCCAAACCAAGCUAGAGCUGGUGCAGCAGGAACUGGGCUCCUGUCGCUGUGGCUAUGUAUUCUGCAUGCUUCACCGUCUACCAGAGCAGCACGACUGUCUGUUUGACCAUCUGGGCCGCGGGCGCGAGGAGGCUGUCCUCAAGAUGGUGAAGUUGGACCGCAAGGUGGGCCGCUCGUGCCAACGCAUCGGGGAGGAGUGCUCCUGAUUGGCCACGCCGUGACCAGCCAGUUAGAGAUGAGGCGCUUACAAAGAGGAGGAGGAGGAGGAGGAGGA